AUGUUAUUUAUAUCCACAAUAUUCUUGUUACUCUACAGAGGUGGGAAUACAAGUCGAAGUGAGCCGGUGCCAAUAUACUUAGAUAAUCUUCUCAAUGCUGGUCGAGAAGUCUACGAUAAUCAAUCUCCGCCAGUGCAGCAUGAUAAAGAGGAAGUGACCGUCGUUGAAUUGGCCAUGUACAUCGAGGGAAUGUCAUCAUUUCGGACGCAGACCAUGGACUUCCAGCUUGACGUCUACUUUCAGCAGUUUUGGAGGGACCCACGUCUGGCGCAUAAUGAGACACGACGUGUUUUAGUCAAAGACAAGGCAGUUCUACACAAAAUGUGGCAUCCUGAUGUAUAUUUUGCCAAUGCCAGAAUUGCCGAGUUCCAUGAGGUCACCCAACCGAACUUCCUGGUAUGGAUACAGCCGGAUGGAUCGAUUCUCUAUGAUACACGUAUCUCGAUGGUUGUGGUGUGUACUUUGAACCUGGAGAAAUGGCCUCUGGAUUCGCAACGGUGUCACUUGCGGAUUCUGAGCUAUGCCUACACAACAGAACAACUGGUGAUCAAGUGGAAGGAAGAGGAACCGAUCACUAGGAAUCCUAACAUUGCCAUGUCAGAUAUGCACAUAGUCGAUUUGUAUCCAGGCCUUUGUGACGGAAACUAUUCGACGGGUACAUGGAGCUGUGUGACAGCCGAGUUUUUUGUGAAACGAGAAAUUACUCAUCAUGUAAUGCAGUCUUACGUACCGACCACAUUGAUAGUAGUGAUAUCCUGGUUCAGUUUCUGGCUCGACGUAGAAGCAGUACCAGCAAGAGUAUCACUCGCUAUCACCACUCUUCUCACAUUAUCAACACAAGCCAACGCGGCUAGAAUGGCACUUCCAGAAGUCAGUUACAUGAAAGCAAUUGAUGUAUGGAUGGGAGCUUGCAUGAUGUUCGUAUUCGGUGUCAUGAUCGAAUUCACAAUUGUGAACUACGCUCAGCGACAAGUAAUGGCAUCCUCCAUGGAAUUCGUAAAAAAUGGAAAUGGAACUGAGAAGAAGCCUUCACGAGGAGAUUUAGGAGCUCAAACUAAGCAGAUUUUCCGCAAGUUUCGAAACAAUGAUCGUCAGCAUUUGGUGGAGGAUCCACCUGAGCAGAUAGCAAUGAAUGACACCGCAUAUGAUACGGUCAGUCAAGCGUACAGUAACAGCUUCUCUGACGAAGAGGCGGCUCCUAUAACACAACAACGAAAUGGGGACGCUGAGGCGCAGGAGGAAGUGUGGGCAGAACAAAAAGAAACGAAUUCGAGUGAAGUGUGGAAAGAGAGAGACGGCACCGGCGGCGUCGAUCGAGGAGCUGAACGUCUUGCGCACUGGAAUGAAAAAGAGAAUGAUGCGAGCUCGCCGUUAAUGGGAAAUGGAAGGGCUCAUGUGAGAUAUGGUGCCGCUGAAUCGCUCCGCAGCCGAAAAACCAACGAGAGCAGCCGAAAAAAAGAUAAAUGGAGUUCGGCGAUCAAGCAGAUCCAGAAGCACAAGGAAAUCGCCGGUCGGAAUCGAGCCAAGAAAAUCGAUCAAUCGAGCCGAUGGAUCUUCCCACUCACAUUUAUCAUUUUCAAUCUUACCUACUGGAUUUAUUAUCUCUACUGGAAAGAAUAG